AUUAUUUUAAUCUAAUUUCUUAAUAAAAACUUUUUAAUGAAGCAACAAUCUCACCAAACAAUUACGUACUCUUGCCAUUGUAAUUAAAGUCCACACAACGUUCGGUGGGGCUAGCUUGAGGCUUGAGUAUUAACCUAUUCAAAUUAGAGAAAAACGUAUUCAUUCAAGAGAAAAAUCCACUUGAAAGCUACCAUACAACGAAAUCAAGUUAAGUAAACAAAUUAAACGAUGAACUAAUACGAUGCUUUCGCAAAAAUGAUGAACGGAGGUGGCACCGAGUACGUGUCGUCGGGACCCGGGAGGCCAAUCGUAGAAAGUCCGAAUGGAACUUUCUUGAAGGAAAAGUUGUUUACACCAUUGGACGGGCAAAUGUAUGAGAGGCGAGCUUCGGUGUCGCAGAGGGCGGCAGAGUUUGUGAUGACGGAUUGGACUGCAUGCGGUGGUUGUAGGAGUGUCCGGCAGGAGAGUGCGCUCCAGUUUAGAUAUUCGUUCGAGGAUUCCAGUCCGGCGUCGCCCUAACUGUGCUAAUUAAAGCCGCCUCCAUUUUGCUUCUCGCCGGUUCUUUUUCUCGCAGAAAGUUUUUGUGACUGUAGUAAUCGGCGUCACUUGGGAACUGCUGAAAGGCUAACCCAACUUUUAGGAAUGUAAAGGAAAUGUGCGCUGGCCAAGCAGCUUUGUUCAGAAGAGAAGAUGCCAGUAUAUGGAUCUGACCGAUCACGAUCCAGGUUGGGUUGAGUUUUAGGCCAUUCUUAGUCAUCAGGAAGCGCGAUAAUCUAGACAUCUCCUAAGCGAAGCAUCAUUGUGAAGAUCACGCUUUUUUACUUCUUUUUUUUUUUUUUUAAAGGUAUUUACGGUAGGAUUUGUGUGUGUGUGUUUUUGGGGUAUUUAUUGGAAGAGUAUCUUCAAAUAAAAUUUUUUAAAAUCU